AUGGGAAAAGGGGGCAUAAGCAUACAGCACGCUUUCACUGCACUUGUGCUGCAGAUGACCCACCAUACUGUGUCCAAAGCCGACAAGAAGCCCCUCCAAGAACUCCAGGUAGCGUUCAAUCUAUUAGAGUUGACAAACUUGAACCUCAACAUCAAGGUCAACGUAUUCCAAGACCCGACAGCGAAGCGCGCGAGAAAGAAAGACAUCGAAUGCGAACACCACGAGCUUCUAAAGCUAAACCCAGUCUUAUGCGGUGUAUUGCUUUUAUCCAUCCGGUCCCUGUAUCAUUCCGUCUGCAUCAGCUUCACCAACUCUUGGGGUGUGACUCUUCGUGCGACGCACUUAUACAAGUACGCCCAGGACCUGAAGAACCUUGACAGUGUUUGGGGCGACGUGGAAGUCCUUUCCCAGACGCAAGCCCAUAACGCGAUAUUCGCGGGCCGCGAUACCCCUCCGAAGGCAGAAGAGUGUUUCAGAAGAUAUCUUAUGGCCACGGGAGCCAGUGCGGUAGUCUUCACCCACAACCGGCGCAUCGGAGUCGACCCAAGAGGCAACAUCUCGGAAGAGCACCGCAAAAAGUUGAGGCCGAAAGCACAGGUAUCCUCCGCGAUAAGUGGCUUCUCCGGAUCAAAUCGGAAUGACCAGACAGCGACUACGCAGGGGCUUAGGGUGGUCCUUGAAAAGGGUACAGCCCCGGAGGAUUGCCCGCAGCAGAUGAAGAGGACAGCAACGACAAUCAGCAAAGGCGUACUCCAAGCUCUUGAAUCGACGUUGAAAUUUGAGGCCCAGGUGCUACAGGUCAAUCUCUUGAAGCUGCAUAGACAGAGCUAG